CUCCAGGUGGACAGAGGAGACUGGGAGAGGCUGGCCAUGAGCCCCCAGCCCUCCACCCUCCUGGGCCUUGUGCUCUGCCUGGGCCAGACGAUCCACAUGCAGCUGAGGGUCCUGCCCAUCCCCUCCCUCCGGGCUGAGCCAGGCCCUGUGGUCCCCCGGGGACGGCCUGUGACCUUCGUGUGCUGGGGCCCAGCUUGGGCUGAGUUCUUCCGCCUGGAGAAAGAUGGAAGACCUGUAUAUGAGAAUCAGAAAACUGUGUCUCAAGAUGGUUUGCCAGUGACAGAGACCAGAUUCCACAUCCCCGGGGUGCGUGAAGACACUGCCGGGAAUUACACCUGCCUCUAUCGACUUCCGUAUGGCUGGUCUGAGCGCAGUGAGCCCCUGCAGCUGCAGGUGGCAGAGGAGGACUCCACUCCGCCCUCAGGCCCUGCCUCCCGGGAUUACACGGUGGAGAACAGGAUCCGCAUGGGCCUGGCGGGCGUGGUCUUGCUGAUCCUGGUGGCGAUUCUGGUGGAAGCUGGGCACAGCGAGCAUAGGACUCCACAGGGACCACAGGAAUAAACACAAGGGAGCCCCCCAGAGAGAGGGGACCCCAGAGCCCGCACAGGGAGCUCUCAGAGGGCCCGAGGCUCACGCUGGAGCUCAGGAAACCUAGAGUCGCCCCUGCAGUUGUUCGAGGACAAGAGAACCCAGGCCCACGUGGGUUAGGAUGCUUGGCCUCAACCCCUCAUCUUCCCAGGACCAUGGAGAGGACUCAGCUUGACUGACAGGCAGGCAGACGGGGCAGCGCCCCAGGGGAAACAAAGGCAGGUGGAACGGAGGCAGGGCAGACACGGCCACGUGAGCCAGCCUGACCACGGAAGCCAACCACGCAGAAAUAACAGGAUGAUUUUAGACUCAGAGGGGAGACACGUGAAACUAGGAGGGGCUGCAACACUAAGGUGAGCUGAGGUAUAGGAACCAGGAAGGGUCAGUUGUGCUUCUGGGCAAGCACAAUUGAGAGAAUCCAUCAGGCGGCCACAGGGGGAGACAGAGAGCAGGUUUGUAGCAAAUAUGUACCCCUAGACCACAGGCUUCUGUGGCCACCAUGACUGAGCCUCUCCCCAUGUGGGACUCUCAGUCUGCUUGCAAUAAAUUUUCCACAU